AUGUCCAGCCCGGUAAGCGAUCAGAUCCAGCCUCCGCGCUCAGGCUGCUCUCCGGCGCCAGAGUCCCCCGCGCUUCAGCGCCGCUCCGCGGAUCUUAGCAGGUCCCGCGCUCCCCGAUACCUCGAGUCCUCCUUCUCCGUCGAGGCCAUCCUGGCGAGGCCCAAGCCCCGCGCGCCCGCCGAACCCCUGCCGUCCGUCUCCGCCUGCGCCGCCUCGGACAUCUGGACGACCCCCUCCCGCCCCCUGGCCCCGGUUCUGCCUUGGGCGUGCACGGCUACAUUGCUUCCCACCUACCUGAGCGUGGGGCUCUACCAGCCGUUCCCCGAGCCCCCUGCGCCGGGGCUACGCGUGGCUCACCUCUGCGGCCUCCAGGGCCUCGGCGUCACAGGUUUGGAGCUGGCUCACUGCCCAGGCCACUGGAGUCCCCCAGACUGGGCCCCAGCCGAGGAACUUCAGGACACCGAGAGGCCCCCAAAGAGGGUUCGAACUAUGUUUAACUUGGAGCAGCUGGAAGAGUUGGAGAAAGCAUUUGCAAAACAGCACAAUCUAGUAGGGAAGAACAGAGCCCAGCUGGCAGCCCAGCUCAACCUUACAGAGAACCAGGUGAGGGUCUGGUUCCAAAACCGCCGGGUCAAGUAUCAGAAGCAGCAAAGGCUAAAACCACCAGCCGCGCCUGCCAUGGCUGCCUCCACUGAUGAGCCCUCCAGCAGCUCUGACACCAUCAUCCAGAGAGAAGAUCCCGAGUCAGGGUGGACAGCUGAGGACUGGGAUGGAAGUCAACCAAGGCUGUCCGGGCUAGCUCUUCCUGGGGACACCCACUGA